AUGCUACAUAGAGACUCCACAAAUUCCGUAAUAGAUCUCAUUUUUCAAGAAACGCGAAGCGGAUUUACGAAAAAACAUACUACUCGCAUGCCUCCCAGUGAACGUGAUCCGUGUGGGGCGAGACGGCCCAAGUGGUUAGAGCGCGAAUUUACCGACCGGAAGGUCCGUGGUUCGAACCCAACCUCUGCCUCCCAACUUCCCCUGUCUAGACUUAGGCAACCUGGCAGUAUCCCAGUCCUCGUGUUUCCUUCGGGUAGUAUGGCAGUUAGGCACCGGAAGGGUGUCACAGCUGAGAGGUGGGAAAUGCGUCGUCAACUGGUUACGGUGUACGUCGUACGUCCGGGUCGACAUUCCCCUCCCCGGCAGUCGCCAGAUCCAAACUCCGAACUUGACCCUCAGAAUCUGCAACCCGGCCUCGAUGCCCCCUUCCUAAUUGAUCCGAAGCGCCUUUUUCUGGAACGUCGUGGUCUUUCCGGCGAGUUUAUCGUCUAUUCGGAUAAUCCGCAGUGGGACUCUGUUCAGCAGUCGUCGACUUCCGAAACUGCUGAAAAACUUGACGUGGACUACACCUUCUUCAAACGUGAACUGAGCAAACAGCUCGGCCAUCGUAUCCCAUCCUUGGCUUCAGCAGAGGUCACUUCCGCGUGGACGGCUAUUUGUGACUACAACACAGUUGACCAGAACUUGAUCAUCGGUCACCAUCCGUUCUAUGUGAAUAUGUUCUUUUGCAACGGAUCUAGCGGACACGGAGCACAACAUGCCAUCGCCAUCGGACGUGCCGUCUCAGAGCUCAUCAUCUACGGACAUUAUAAAUCGAUCGAUCUGACCCGGUUUUGCUUUGAACGACUUUGUUUGAACGAACCUGUUGAAGAGACAAAUGCUUUCUAGUGAUCAAUAUAGGUGAUUCUUUUUUGCCUUGUCGGAAUGUCUUGCUCAAC